UAUGCUAAUAACAAUAGUAUGAAAUGAAAAACAUUUGUCAUCAUCAGUAAUUGGGUUUUGGUGCAGUGCAAAAUGUAGGAAUCCAUACGAAAUUAUUUGAUACAAUUUGCAAUGAACAUAUCAGUUUAAUUUCAUUGCUGAAAAUAAUUUUUAUAUCAAAAUUUGCAAUGGAUAUGUGACGCAUUUUGUACCUGCAGAUUUCGAACAGUCCGGAUAUCGAGUUGUUUUACUGAUUGCACCCGAAUCUGUGCGCGAAACUCCACACGAGCAUAUAUACACGUAUAAACAAAGGUACAACGAGCGUCUGUUCACAUGUUGCGAGUGUGAGUUAAAUAGCACAUGGGCGUGAAAAGAAAUCGUUUGUUGGACAAGUGUAAUCAGUGUGACGUUCAAUUCAAGUGUGUACAGCCACCCUCAAUAAUUUGCAAUUCGACCGACAUUGAGAGGAUUACAGAAUAAAUCAGUAUAAUACUGCGAUGAGUAGGCGUGAGAAAACAAUAGCAGUUCCGGGAAUGUAAUAUUUAAGGACGAAUGAUAAGAGAGAUUGGAGGAGGUGAUAAUAAAAAGAUCGAAAGCUGAUUAAAUAUUUCUUAUACCUCGGAGUAACGCCCAUUCACAAUAUUCUUCAAUCGUACGUACCUCUUCGAGAGGUUUUGCAUCUAAAACGGCGAAAGUGAAGAAAAAAAAACAAUCACAACGUACCGACACAGGAGCGGGGAUUCGCGCGAAGAUGAGUCUAAGCAUAUCAAAAUUUUUCUCCAAGAAAAACAAAAAUACUACUCCCGAUCACGUAGUCGUGGGAGAAAUAGGAUUGCCCACAAAUGUUUCCCAUCAAUUUCACGUUAGUAAAAAUCAAGAGACUGGCCAAUUGGAAGGUCUUCCUGACCCUUGGAUACGUCUUCUGAAUACUCAAAUCACCAAAUCCGAACAAGAUUCACAUCCUCAUGCGGCCUUACAAGCUAUAAAAUUUUACAAUUAUUCUAUCAAACGAAAGCCUCAGGAAGAAGUUUGUAAACCUUUUGUUACCGAAGAUCUCAUAGAAGAGGAGUCGCAAGAAAUUGACAAGAUAUUAACAAAGAAGAAAUAUGCAUCGAGAGAAAGUGACGGAUCUAUGUCUGCUAGUUCCACCGAUAGUCAAACUCACAGACUGCCGGAGUUACCUCCAAAAAUGGGCAAGCCAUCGAAACCUCCUCCAAGGCGAUACAUCGAACGAGUAGAAAAGACACUCACCGAAGUGCUGGAAGAUCUUGACGCUUGUCAAUUAGAGGUAGAAAUUGCCUGUGAAGAAGAAAGGAAUCGUGAAAAAGAGCGAGCUGAAGAAACAGAAAGUCCUGUGUUGAGAAGAAAGACAGAAUCACAUGUAGCAAGAUUAAGCGACGAGGAAGUUUUUGAUGAGCUCGGAAGAAUAUGUCAACGCGGCAAUCCAAAUGAAAGAUUUGUUAGAAGCAAAGAAGUUGGAGCAGGUGCAUCGGGAACAGUUUUCAUAGCCACGGAUUCUCUGAACGAUCAAAAAGUUGCAAUCAAAGAUAUUGAUAUGUCCAAACAACCAAAAAAAGAAUUGAUACUUACAGAGAUUAAAGUACUCAAAGAAUUCCGCCAUCCUAACCUUGUCAAUUUUCUCGAUGCUUAUCUAGUGGAUGAGCAUCUUUGGGUUGUGAUGGAGUUGUUGCAAGGAGGGCCAUUGACGGAUGUGGUGACGGAAACUGUUAUGAAAGAAGCACAAAUUGCCGCUGUUUGUAGAGAAGUUCUUAAAGCCAUCAGUUUUCUCCAUGGAAAAGGCAUUAUUCAUCGGGAUGUUAAAAGUGAUAAUGUUCUGUUGGGCAUGAAUGGAGCUGUCAAGGUUACCGACUUUGGAUUUUGCGCAAAUAUUGAUGGUGAUGAAAAAAGACAGACCAUGGUAGGCACUCCGUACUGGAUGGCACCAGAAGUUGUAACCAGGAAACGGUAUGGGAAAAAAGUUGACAUCUGGUCUCUCGGGAUAAUGGCUAUUGAAAUGAUCGAAGGGGAACCACCUUAUCUGAAAGAAACACCGCUCAGAGCUCUCUACCUCAUUGCUGCUAUUGGAAAACCAUCAGUACCACGCUGGGAAAGUCUUAGUCCAAAUUUUCAACACUUCUUGGAAAGUUGUCUCGCUGUCGAAGUUGAUGAAAGAGCUACCGCGGAAGAACUAUUGGAACAUCCAUUUCUUCAGAAUUGUGCUGAGCUUUCGACAUUGACACCCCUCAUAAGGGCUGCACAAAAGAUACUGCACAAAGCUUUCUAGUGUUUCUGUUUCUGAAGAUGGUAUUUUCGUACUGGGUCUUGUUCAGUGUCAAAAAGUAACUUUCAACAUAAUUCAAUAUGAAGAUCAAUUCAUUGGGAAGCAUCAAAAUUGUGUUGAAAUACAAUAGUUCAAACACAAUCUGUGCAACAUUGCUUCGUUAUACAUUUCCGCCUUAGUGCAUACGCAUGAAUCUGUAAAGGUUCAAUGCACGCGCCACAAUUCCAAAAUAACUACAUAUUAGUGAUACAAGUUGAUUUUCACACGCCAAGAGUUUUCUCUGUAAUUUUUAUGAUGCGAUUUACACCCAAUUUUGUAACAAUUUACAUAGACAAUGGUUAUUUUGUGCAAAGACUAUAAGCUUGAGUAAAGAAUUCUAUAUUUUGGUGGAAUUCGUGAAAGAAAUUAAAAAAAAAAAAAAAAAAAACAAAUUAAACCAAGUGCCAAAUGAAUGAUUUUAAGAAAUUUUACGUCGAUAAUUGCAAAACAUGUAUUUUUGAAGCGUAGCAUGUCAUUCAUACAGUUGUAGUUUUAUAAUCGAAAAUGGUUUCUAAAUUCAACUAGUGGUCGGAUGAUAAAUAUUUUUGCUUUUACGUACCAUGACGAAAAACAGAGGAAAAAUAUAUUUAUUGUCAAUUUGAGAUUAAAGUGCUGCUUAAAGAAUACUGACCAACUGUAAUGAAACGUUUCAAGGAGGGAGUAUUUAUAAAGAUAGGACCAAAUAAAAAAAAGUCUCUGAUCUCAGAGACUUUUUUUUAUAUAAAAGUGUAUCUACACUUUUCGACAUUUUCGUAACCAAAAAUAAUUCGUAAACUUAUACACGGAUUUUUGACCAAAUCUAUUUCUUCUUUUUUUAAACGGAAACAGAAAUGGUGCCAACGAGCAAAAACCUGAAUGUUGUAUAUAUUAUUAUUAUUAUACUGUCGUGUAUUUGUAAAAAAGAGCAACGUUUGUAUUGAAAUAAUAUAAAUUUGCAACAUCACUUUAAAUUCAA